AUAAAUAUAGAUAUUGUGUAAAAAUAAAAACUAGAGGCUGAUUAUGUUCAAUGUAAUUAGUUUUAAGAAAUUUAAUUGGUUUAUUUUGAAUUGCUAUAGUAUUGAAAUUGGUUGCCUCUACAUGGUAGGUUUAAGUAUCCAUGUAACCGUCACAGGGGGAGAGUAUGUACCCCGUCCACUCUUCAGGCACUUCGCGACCCUGUUAACUGUGCGAGACAACGCAACCACCACAACAAAGACCAUCCGCAAUCGCCCAAGCCUGCACCCACGCGCCAGCUAUCCGGACAUGGUCUGCUAUUGAAGGCAAAUACCUUCAUGAUAGCCACCAGCAUACGGAAAUGGACCGCGCAGAUGCAGCUGGCCCCGGAGCGGCAGCCAGCAGGGCUGAACGCUUCGAGGACGAGAAGCGUCGCAUCAUCGAAAGCUGUUUCUCGAAAAAGGAACCCGAUGGCUCUCUUUCGGAGAGCUACAUUACGCACAUCCGAAUCACGGAAUUCUCCUCGCAUCCCUCCUCCCCGCCUCCUCCUGCGUCUCGAACUCCCGAAACCGAGAAGCCUCGAGUCAUCAUAGUUGCCGUGCGUAAAUCUGGUCGAGUUCGCAUGCACAAAUCCAAAGAAAACGCCAACGGCACCUUUUCCAUUGGCAAAACGUGGAACCUUGACGAUCUGUCCCAAAUCGACUCGUUUACAUCCUCACAAGUCAACCCCCACAACCGAGAAUGGGCUGGAGAAACAGGCUUCCUGGUUACCUUAGGUCGGCCCUAUUUUUGGCAGGCCCAGACGGACAAGGAAAAGAAGUUCUUCAUCGCCAGUCUGGUCAAAAUUUACGGCAAAUACACCAGUGGCAAGACCCCAGAACUCGUUGGUUUCGAUCCCAAGGAGCUAGAUCAGGUACUGGGUGCCGGCGCAGGAAGGCGACCGCCGCCUGGGCAACCCCCUCGCCCACCAAUGCCAACCGAUCCUGUUGGCCGUCCAGGUCAGCAACGAACCCCUCCGUCUACAGGAUCUGGGCCAGCGCCUCCUCCAGUCGGUGCUACAAUGGAUCCUCGCUUCCAAAGAGGACCUGGACCUGGCAUGCGGCCUCCAAAUCCCAGUGAUUCUCCUGCAGGUAGCUUUGACUCAACGACUUCCCAUAGUCGACCGCCACGCCCACCAUUCACUCAACAGAAUAACAAGAGCCAAGAUUCCGUUGCCGCCUCAUUUGUAUCUGCAUCAUCAUUCAUCUCACGAGGCGAAGAAAAUGCCUUGGCGCCGACGCGAUCCCGCAAUGGUAUGAAUGGGCCGACAACCCCAGGUCGCUUCCCGGAUCCUCGCGAUACCCCCGAUUCCCCUCGUGAUGCUCCGCCGGUUCUUGGACAGACUCGCCAGAAUGGAGACGGUAUUCCUCCAGAGCGCCGGCGACCACCAAUGGAUCCAUCAAGACCACUGGACCGGGACCUCGUGCCACCCCCUUUGAUGAGCCCCGUAAAGAAAGAUUCACCAGCGCUAGUCUCGACAAGAUCGUCCGAAAAGCUUGCGCAAGAACCAUCUGCCGCUACCACAGCAGCCGAUACUACUGCAUUGGAGACACAGAGGCAUGUUGAGCCUGUCCCACCACCAAGCGCCAGCACACCGAGUGCUGCGGAACCGAUAGAAACUGAAAAGGGACUAGCAUCGGCCGGAUUAAAGCCAACUGACGAGCUACUGGAUGAGCCAGCAGAGGAUGAUACAAGACCGGGAUUGAGUUCCAUGCUUAAAUCUAAGAAAUCUAAGAAUGAGAUUGCUGGAAUGUUCUGGAAAGCGGCGAAUACUCAUGCAGCCUUCAAACCCCGGCGCGGCGGUGCCGGUGACCGCUUACUUAUGUCAACUAACAAUACCGAUGACGGGCCCGAUGGUAUCAAUGGCGUUGUACCUGCACCCCCUCGAAUCGAGAAGCGGCCACAGACCCCCGAGCCGGCACCUACUCCUAUUCAAGAAUCACCCGUACAUCCCGCUAUAGUUGCCCCUCCAACACCUCUACCACAACGCGAAACGCAAGGGCCGGUCGUGCCCGAAUUACAAGUCACUGAACCAAAUGCCAGUGCACCAAUUGCCGUAGCAGACGCACAAAGAGAAGCAGCUGUUGCAUCUGUACCUCCCACCCCUUCGGAACAGCCUAACGCCGCCGUCAAGGGCGAGAAGAAAGCGCAAAGUAACGAAGCAGCCAAUGCCAAAGAUAAUGCGAAACAAGCAACACGGCGCUCCAUUAUUGCUGGAAACGAUUCCAAGUACCUACAGUCGCUUGGCAUUGAGCCGACUAUUUUGGAUGAUAGAAGCCAUGAAUUUGGUAAAUGGCUGGACUAUUUUGGAUGGGUACCCGGAGUGCAAAUGCGAUCGAGGAAUGCUGAUGAGCUCAAAGUCGAUAUCGACAGAGAACUCAAUAAGGCUCAAGCUGGCGGUUGGCUGGCACGAUUCAGAGAAGAUGAUGAGCGCGUGGAUGCCAUCAAGAGCGGAGUAGACUUGGCAAUGGCUGAGUGCGAAGAACUUGAUAAUCUUCUUACGCUCUACUCGGUCGAAUUGUCCACGUUAUCAGACGACAUCGCCUACAUCGAAGCUCAAGGCCAAGGUCUUCAGGUUCAAACCUCGAACCAGAAACUACUCAAGAAGGAACUGGAAUCUCUAUUAGAGACAUGUGCCAUCACUCCAGAAGAUCUCGAAGCGCUCCGUAUUGCACCUCUGGAUCACCUACGUGGACUAGAGGACGUGGAGUCCGCCUUGGUGAUCCUUUACAAGGCUAUGCUCAAGAUCGAUCCUACAUUGAAUGAAGUUGAUUUGAACCCCUCAGAAGAUCAGGACAAACCUGACCCCGCUGCUACCGUCGACAAAGACUAUGGAAAGAUGCGUAUCGUUCGAGAAAAGAAGGAAAUGUAUCUUCAAGAGAGCGGGAGCUUUAUGCGCCGUCUUGUUGAAUUUAUGGCACGCCAGUUUGAAGAAGCAUCCACUGAAACAAAACGAACGAUUGAGGGUGCGCUAUCGCGAAAGGUCGAUCCCACACACCAUGAUGCAGGGCGUGACUUGCUCUCCAAAUACAGCCCCCUUAUGCUUUACGCGCGUGAUGCUGACUUGGAUAACUGGAAUCGCAUGAUGCAAAUCUACCAAGAUAUGUCCCAUCCUGUUUACAAACAGGAAUUUCAGGGCGUGGUUGCAGUUUGGCGAAAGAACGCCCGCAAACUCACUGGUGAAGAGUCUGAACUGUUGUUUACAUCGCAUGUUGAAAAGCAGCAAGAAGGAGUCGCAACCGCUGCACGAAAGAUGACAGUAAAGCGCAGCCAGACACUCGCCAGAGCCCUUCGUUCCCCUUUGGCCGAUGGCCAUCGAACUUCAGUGGACAAGAGCGCAGCCCGUGUCGGUUCCUUACCUUACGAAGUCUUCUUAGGCGCUUUGGAUGACCUUCUUCCACUAGUUGAGGCGGAACAAAACUUUGUCAUUGACUUUUUCCAUGCCACAACCUUGGAACAAGCAGAUUUUCCAGACUCGGUUGCGGCAAAUGUUCCCAGGGAUCGCCGAUGCCGUGAUCUGAAACGUCAUCGCUUGAUGGAACCCGACAGAGAGCUCGCUCGCCGAGUGACACGAUCCAUGGAAAUCAUAUUUUCUUUCUUGGAAGGUGAGCUGCAGCGGUUGAUGGAAUGGGUCAUUGCCCAAGACCCUCUACAGGGCGCUGGCGUUUUGGCCAUCCUAGACAAGAAGCUCAACGAGAUUGGCCAGUCCAACCUGGAAUUCUCCAAUAUGAUGCUUCAGAAGCUUCACGAUGCGCUGGAAGGCAAAUUUACGAAGUUCGUAGAUGAGCAGAUACGAGCCAUCGAAGAGACCAAGGUCAAGAUCAACAAGCGCAAGGGCGUCAUCUCGUUCAUCAGAGUCUUUCCCGCUUUCCUCAACGCUGUUGAGAAUAUGUUGGCAGCUUUUGACCCCAACACCACGCUACGCCGAACCUUGGACCGCGAAUAUGAUCGUAUUCUAAAAUCCAUGUUUGACUCGCUCAUGGUUAUUGCACGCGAGAAUCCAACAAGUGGUUCUGCCACAACUGGCUCUGCAGACCCUGAAGGCAAAGAGGCUCUGAACUUCCAUAUCUUGUUGAUUGAAAAUAUGAACCACUUCCUGGAGGGAACCGAAGGCCAUAACCUCGAUGUCCUGGAUGAGUGGAAAACUCAAGCUACGUCGGAGUAUGUUGAACAUAUGGGACUCUACCUCAACGCCGUCAUGCGUCGACCUCUAGGAAAGCUUCUAGAUAACCUUGAAAACAUUGAAGCCCAGAUCCAGGCAGGCAAGUCACCAACAGCCAUUGCCAGGCAGCCGUCAAACAGCCAAGCCGUGUUUAGCAAAGUGCUUGGAGUAUACGACUCGAAAGAAGUGCGCAAGGGCAUUGAAGCUCUGCGCAAGAGAGUUGAAAAGCAUUUUGGUGAUGCAGACGAGCCUGCGCUCAGCCGAGGCUUAGUAGCCAAGGUUCUCACGGAAUGUGAGGCAUUCUACGGAUCGGUGGAGACGAGAAUUGGACAAGUCACGACAGAUGUGUAUGGUGGUGACGUGCCCUUUGAAUGGCCCAGAGCAGAUGUGAAGGCUGCAUUUAAGUGAUGGAUGCGCUGCUAUACGCCAAACGCGAGAGAGCGUGUCUCUAAAUGUGAUGAAGACGUUUUCGUUGUAUGAUUAGCUUAAACUUAUUUUUAACGGUAGACGAAUGUAUGUCAAUCAAGUUUUCUACAAAUUAUUUUGGCCUAAUUCACAUUCUUUUCCUUGUCAUUGCAUAGAUUAACUGUGAGGCCAAGAUGUCGUCAGUGGAA